UUGUCUAGUGGGGAAAGUCUUGUGACAAAUGGAACACCCAUGAGUCUUAGCACCGUUGGGAGUAAUGGAUUUUGUUGGCUUAUGAUGGUUUAAUAGUAACCCUAGUUGGGUUUUUUGCAAAUGUGGAGAGGUAGUCCCCUAACAACUAUAUUCACUGAUUUGAAAGCGGAUGAAAUUUCAAUUAUAUUGGCCAUUCGUUUUCCUUUCAAGCUUAUGCAGUGAAAGACACUUUCCCCAUUUAUUCAUUAUUUUUUACAUUUUUCUAUUUUUUAUUAUCUCAUUCGUCCCUUCCCCUCAUCUUCUCUGGAAAAUAUCUGUCAUUUCCACCAUUGGAGUCUUUGUUAAAAGGCAACAUAUCUCCACUCCUCUUCUUCUUCUUUUAACCUUAAAACAGGGAUUCUCACACUCUUCUCUUUCAACAUACUCACGGUUUCCUCCGACAUGAACACCAUAGACAGUCCCCUCCUAUCCACUUCCAUUCGCCUUUCUCCCAAAACCCUGCUAAAACCCUCAAAUUCUCUCAAUAAACCAAACUUCAAGCCCUCUUCAACCCACCUCAAAACUCCACUAAAAUCACCGGAAAACCUAACUUUCUCACAAAAGGAUGCAUACCCAAUAUCCCUGCCACUCCAAUCCAAGAACCCACAUGCCAUUUACAGUGACAAUCAAACAACUCCCUCCAGACCCACCCAAACCCAGUUUAGAACCAGAUUGAAAUCACCCAAAAAGAAACCGUUCUCGGAAAAAGAUGCAUUUCCGAUGUCCUUGCCACUACAUACUAAGAACCCACAUGCAAUUUUCAGUGACAUUCAGAGAUUUGCCAGGCAGGGUAAGCUCAAAGAGGCUCUCACCAUCUUGGACUACUGUGACCAACAAGGUAUCCCUGUUAACCCCACUACAUUCUCCUCCCUUCUCCGUGCCUGUGUUGAAUCAAAGUCUUUGACACAUGGUAAGCAAAUUCAUGUGCAUAUUAGAAUAAAUGGGCUUGAAAACAAUGAAUUUUUGCGAACAAAACUUGUUCACAUGUACACAUCUUGUGGUUCUUUGGAGGACGCUAGAGGGGUUUUUGAUGGGGUUAGCUCUAAGAGUGUGUAUACUUGGAAUGCAUUGCUGAGAGGCAAUGUGAUUUCAGGUCGAAGACAUUACAGGGAGGCACUUUCGACUUAUUCAGAAAUGAGGGAAUUGGGGGUUGAGUUGAAUGUUUAUAGUUUUUCUUGUAUGAUCAAGAGCUUUGCCGGUGCCACGGCAUUCAGGCAAGGUUUAAAGGCUCAUGCCCUUUUGAUAAAGAAUGGUUUGGUGGAUAGUUCGAUUCUGAGGACUAGUUUGAUUGAUAUGUACUUCAAAUGUGGUAAAAUUAAACUUGCACGCCUUAUGUUUGAAGAAAUUGUUGAGAGAGAUGUUGUGGUGUGGGGGGCUAUGAUUGCAGGGUUUGGGCAUAAUAGGUUGCAGAGAGAAGCAUUGGAGUAUCUGAGGUGGAUGAGGAGAGAAGGGAUAUGUCCAAAUUCUGUUAUAAUGACUACAAUACUUCCAGUGAUAGGGGAAGUGGGUGCCUGGAAAUUGGGGAGGGAGGUUCAUGCUUAUGUGGUCAAGACAAAGAGUUAUUCAAAGCAGGUGUUUAUUCAGUCUGCAUUGAUUGAUAUGUAUUGCAAGUGUGGGGAUAUGGCUUCAGGGAGACAAGUGUUUUAUGCCUCUACAGAGAGGAAUGCUGUUUCCUGGACUGCUUUGAUGUCAGGUUAUGUCUCAAAUGGGAGGCUUGACCAGGCACUGAGAUCGAUAGCUUGGAUGCAGCAAGAAGGGUUCAGGCCUGAUGUUGUCACAGUUGCCACUGUUCUCCCGGUUUGUGCAGAGUUAAGGGCUUUGAGGCAGGGGAAGGAGAUUCACAGUUAUGCUGUGAAGAAUGGGUUUCUGCCCAAUGUAUCUAUAGCUACUUCUCUGAUGGUUAUGUACUCAAAGUGUGGAAACUUGGAUUACUCUUUUAAGCUCUUUGAUGGAAUGGACGCAAGGAAUGUGAUCUCAUGGACAGCCAUGAUUGAUUCAUAUGUGGAAAAUGGGUGUCUACAUGAGGCAGUUGGUGUGUUUAGGUCUAUGCAGUUGUCAAAGCACAGGCCAGACUCUGUUGCAAUGGCGAGGAUUUUGAGCAUUUGUGGUGAACUUCGAGUUUUGAAGCUUGGGAAGGAGAUUCAUGGACAGAUCUUGAAGAAAGAUUUUGAAUCGAUACCUUUUGUUUCUGCAGAAAUAAUUAAGAUGUAUGGAAAAUUUGGAGCAAUCAGUAAAGCAAAGUUGGCAUUUAAGGCCAUCCCUGCCAAGGGUUCUAUGGCAUGGACUGCCAUUAUAGAAGCUUAUGGAUAUAACGAUUUGUAUCAGGAUGCAAUUAAUCUUUUUCAUCAGAUGCAAUCUGAUGGUUUCAUUCCAAAUCAUUACACUUUCAAAGCAGUUCUAUCUAUUUGUGAACGAGCUGAAUUAGCAGAUGAUGCCUGCCUCAUCUUCAAUCUAAUGUCCCGAAGAUAUAGAAUUAAGGCAUCCAAUGAACACUACUCUAGUAUCAUUGAACUUCUCAACCGUGUUGGUCGCACUGAAGACGCCCAAAGAUUCAUUCAAAUGAGAUCUGCCUCACCAUAACAAAAAGAGGAAAUGGAGUAUGCUAAUUGCAUGUUUACUUUCACUAAGUGAGCUCUUGGAACCUCCUUAGGGAUCACAGAUACUGAUUCAUCUGCCAGUCCAAAGAUAUAUUUUAACUUUUUUAUACACUGUAAUUUUCUAGAAAUUCUUUAAAAUAUGGUAGGGUAUUCUUGAAAGAUCCUGUUUUGAGAUUUCAUAUAAUUUGUGCAGGUACUUUAUAGUGUUUCAAGUUAUUACUUAUUAGAAUUUGUCUGUAUGGGGUUUCCUAGAGUAGCCCUGUACUUGCACAUGAUUUUUUUCAUUUGUAUGAUAGAUUUCCUGGUUCUGCUUAUUAGUUCUUCUCUGUUAUUUACAGGAUGCUAUUAAAGCAACUUUAAGCU